AUGAAGCCUUCUUUGCCGCUUCUGUGUCACCUCUGGCUGUUCAGCUUCAUGCCUCUCUCAUGGGCAUCAGACUCAGGACAAGGCACCUCCAGCCUAACUUGUUGGUAUGACUCGCGGGCAGCUCUAUUCUGCGACUGGAACCCAGGCAGGGACCUGGCUGAAUCACCAUGCCAGCUGGAGAUUUUAUCGAAUUUAGGAUUUUGUGACAGUUCACUGGCAUUAUCCUGCUUAAAACCUAGGUUAUCUGAAAAAUUAAAGGAGUACUGUGAAUUACCCAGGGCAGAACACAUGACAGGACUGAGGAGAUGCAUCAAGGCCUUCAGCAAAAACAGUAAUACUCAGUGCUUCACCACUGCAGACCGUCUUACCGUGUCUGUCCAUUGCCAGAUUGGAGAGAAUAAGACUAUACCUGUGCAAAUAGAAGAUUUCAGUCCACUUAGAAAUAUAAAGCUGCGGCCUCCGGGAAAUCUUCAGAUGGUUAGUGAAACUAAAAACAAGUACAACUUAACAUGGAGCCUGAACAUUUCCUCUCACUAUUUGGAUGGGGAGCGGAAAUACGAAGUGCGGUACCGAACCACAAGUCAGUCCUGGGAGGAUGCCAACAACCUCACCAUUGAGUAUGACAAGAUGUGGGUGGUGUUUGAGAACCUCUUACCUGACUUGAAAUAUGAGGCAUCUGUCCGUGCAAGACCAAGCACCUCAAGUAUCUGCAAAGGCGUCUGGAGCGACUGGAGCGAGACGAUACUGUGGAGGACACAUGCUGACCAUAGAGAAACAUCCCGUCCAGUCCUGCCAGCUCUUAUAGUGAGCACUUGCAUCUUCGUGAUCAUUGGGACUGCCUUCCUUAUUAACUUACGGACCCUGAAAUGGUUUAAGAAGAUCCUGAAGAUUCACAUCCCAGACCCUGAGAAGUUCUUUCCCCCACUCGUUUCGGUUCACGGAGGUGACAUUCAGAAAUGGCUCUCCUCCCCAUUCUCCACAUCCUCUUACUGUGUGAACACCACAACCCCAGAGAUCUCCAUGCUCGAGGUGAUGCAGAAGAAUGACCAGGAAUCACAAUUUCUACUCUCCAAGGGAACCCUGACUCCUGAUCCUCCCUUAGAAACCAGUGGGCACUCUGUAUCCAGCUGCUUCACCAACCAAGGCUACUUCUUCUUCCACCUUCCUAACUCCUUUGAGAUCGAGCCCUGUCAGGUCUACUUCACCUACGAGCCUUUCACCCAAGAGGGCAGUGGCAGUGAGGAUGGCGAGUCUUACCACGCUCUCCCUUCCCCAGACCUCUGCACACUGGCAGAGGACAUGCCCGUGUUGUCCCACAACUUCCUUCAUUGUAUUAAGGCGACCCAGGGAUUCCAAAACAAGUCCUUCACGGUAGAGACAGAAGGUGAAGUCCAGCAGACCAUGGCUAUUUCUGGGGCUUUCCGGGCAAGUGAAGGCACCUCACCAACACCAGGUCUGAAACAGGAUGAAAAGGUGAUGGACAAAGCAGCUUUACCGCUUGCUGAGCCGCUAUGCCAGCUGGACACGGAACUUCCUGACCCACCGGACCUGCGUGACAGCAACACUAUGGAUGUAACGGAGAGGAGUGGGAAGGCAGGCCCUCCGAUUGAGCCCUGUACACCAGCAGCACAUGCUAACUCUUCUUUCUGUCAGCCUCCACCUGUCAGGCAAAGCCAGGAUGAGGAUACGUGCAGAACAGCCUUCUCUAGCCAGGUCCCAAACACUGGUGCCUACCUUUCCCUGAGGGACCUCCAAAGCCAGUACCACCAUUGCUCUGCCUAG